AUGCCCUUUGGACUAAAGAAUGCUGGUGCUACUUAUCAACGGGCCAUGCAGAAGAUCUUUGAUAACGUACUUCAUAAAUACGUGGAGUGUUAUGUCGAUGAUUUGGUGGUUAAAACAAAAAGGAGGGAAGACCAUCUGACAGAUCUACGAUCCGUGUUCACUCGACUGAGAAAGUAUCAACUUAAAAUGAACCCCCGCAAAUGCGCUUUUGGCGUAACAUCUGGAAAAUUUCUUGGUUUCAUUGUGAGGCACCGCGGUAUUGAAAUUGACCAGUCCAAAAUUGAAGCUAUCCAGAAAAUGCCAGAGCCCAAGAAUCUACGAGAACUUAUAGGCUUGCAGGGAAAACCGGCCUACAUACGACGAUUUAUCUCGAAUUUGGCCGGUCGAUGUCAACCUUUCAAUAGAUUGAUGAAAAAGGAUGUGCACUUUGAAUGGGAUGAGGCUUGCAGCAAUGCUUUUGCACGCAUCAAAACAUACUUACUUAAUCCUCCAGUUUUAGGUGCUCUUAUCCUAGGAAAGCCUUUGGUGCUAUAUAUUGCGGCCCAAGAAAGGUCUCUAGGUGCUCUUAUGGCGCAAGAAAAUAAAGAGGGGAAAGAAAGAACCCUUUAUUAUCUAAGUCGAACUCUCAAUGGGGCUGAAUUAAAUUAUUCUCCUAUUGAAAAGAUGUGCCUCGCUCUUUUCUUUGCCAUAGACAAACUGGAGCACCACAUGCAAGCAUAUAUGGUCCGUUUGAUAGCAAAGGCAAACCCAAUCAAAUAUGUCCUCUCCAGGCCAGUGAUUUCGGGUCGUAUAGCUCGAUGGGCAGUCUUGCUUCAGCAAUAUGACCUUGCAUAUGUUCCACAAAAAGCUGUCAAAGGACAAGUAUUGGCAGAUUUCUUAGCUGAUCACCCAGUUCCAUCUGAUUGGGAGUUCUCUGAUGAUUUCCCGGAUGAAGAUGUGUUUUACAUUGAAGUAAUGCCACCAUGGGUGAUGUUUUUUGAUGGGGCUGCACGUCAAGAGGGAGCGGGGGCAGGUGUAGUGUUUGUUUCUCCACAAUGGCAAAUACUUCUUUACUCGUUCUCAUUAAGCGAACUCUACUCUAACAAUGUGGCCGAAUAUCAAGCAUUGAUCAUUGGUCUACAAAUGGCUAUUGAGAUGGGCAUAUCGCAACUUGAGAUCUUGGGAGACUCCAAAUUAGUUAUCAACCAAAUCUUGGUGCAAUAUGACGUCAAGAAAGAAGACCUCAUCCCCUAUUGCAAAUAUGCGAAGAAGUUGCUAGCAAAUUUUGAAGCCAUCACAUUGGAGCAUAUACCAAGGAAGGAGAAUAGACAGGCCGAUGCUUUAGCUAAUUUGGCUACUGCCUUAGCAUUAUCCCAACAAGAAACAACCAAAGUCGCUAUUUCCCAAAGGUGGGUAGUACCUUUUGUGGUUGAAGAAGAAGAGAAAGAGCAAGUCAACAUCAUUUCCGUAUGCCUUGUCGAAAAAGAAGAUUGGCGACAAGUGAUCAUUGAAUACCUUCAACAUGGAAGACUCCCGGAUGAUAAACGCCACAAGACCGAAAUUCAGCGGAGGGCUGCUCGAUUCAUUUACUAUAAAGACACUCUCUUCCGCCGUUCAUUUGAUGGAUUGUUUCUCCGUUGCUUAGGAGAGGAGGAGGCUAAACAAGCCUUAGAGGAGGCUCAUUCUGGAAUAUGCGGCGCACAUCAGUCAGGUCCUAAGUUACAUUAUAGGAUCAAACGAAUGAGUUACUAUUGGCCUACAAUGGUGCAAGAUUCUAUGGAAUGCGCUAAGAAGUGCAAAGCUUGUCAGUAUCACGCAAACUUCAUCCAUCAACCGCCAGAACCUCUACACCCAACUAUAGCUUCUUGGCCUUUUGAUGCAUGGGGGCUUGAUGCAAUAGGGCCAUUACCAAAGUCAUCCGGUGGCCACUUGUACAUCUUGGCCGCAACUGACUACUUCUCGAAAUGGGCGGAAGCUGUACCCUUUAGGGAAGUGAAGAAAGAAACAGUGGUCAAUUUUAUUCGAACUCACUUGAUCUAUCGGUAUGGUGUCCCUCGGUAUAUCAUAACUGAUAAUGGCAAACCAUUCUACAAUAGGCUAAUGACAGAGCUAUGCGAGAAGUUUGAAUUUAAACAAUACAACUCCUCCAUGUAUAAUGCCCCGGCAAAUGGACUAGCUGAAGCGUUUAACAAAACACUUGGCAGUUUGUUGAAAAAAGUGGUAUCCAAGACAAAGUGA